UAGUCGUCCCCGUCUAUAAAGGCCCCCGCUCUUCACGUCCUUCCCCCUCAUCGAGUUUGACCCUCAGACGGAGCCCAGCACUCCCGUACUUCUCGAACCAGCAUCCACCUCAGCCACCUCCUCCUUCAUACUCGUUACAAUGUCGGCCUUCACGUGCUCCUCCUCCCAAAUCAUUCACGGCUACUGGACGAAAUCCAAGACCCAGGAGCAGAUUCGCGAUAACGAUGUCCUUGUGACUGCGGUACGGGAGGCAUCUGCCCCCGAGGCCACGCUCGCUUCCCCUGCACCCGCGCAUGUAACCUCCUCUGCGCGUUCGCACCCUCAGGACCAAGAACUUGACGGCACUGAUGCCGUGGAUGACUUCUUUGGCUUCACCCGCACGACACGCCCUCGCCCGCUGUCUAGCACAAGCGACCUUCCCCCGCCGUACCCCACCCAGGGAGACCUCCCCGCCUACUCCAUCGAGGAACAGCACGAACCCGUCACGCUCGCCAUGCACCUCUUCAAAUACGGCUUCCUCUUCCCUCCGUUCUGGAUUAUUGGCACCAUCGUGCUCUUCUGCUCCCUGAACGCGCCCGCCGACUGGCACUCCGAGAAGACGGACCUCGAGCGCCAGCAGCUCUUGACCGAUAUUCGCGUCGCGGAAAGACGAUGGGCCAAGCGCUGCGCGUACGCGCUUAUAGCGCUUACCUUCUUCGUGAUCAUCGCCGUGAUCAUCGCCCUCGCCGUCCUCAAGUGGUCCUCAUGAAGACCUCACUUUCUCCACCCCUACUGCGCGCGAUGACGCCCAUGAAAACCCGUUCGACCCUAGAGCGUUCGCUCACGCCAUACCUUCAUUCAUUCUUCGACGUCUCUGGCACUAAACGACUGGAUCGACGCCCUGAUUCAAGCAACUCUUACUCUCGACUGUAGCGAUAACACCCGUGCCUGAUC